GGUGAGGAGGGUGGUGGGGGUGGUGAGGGGAGAGCAGCAGGGGAGAUGGGUACCGUGCCGGCACUGGUGCUGGUGCUGGGAGUUCUGCGCGUGGCCGCCGAGGGGCCGCUGGUGCCCCGAGUCAGCUUCUCCUAUGAAGAGUUGGUGCAGGAGGAGGCGAUGAGUUUCCGCGCCGUGCCCGACGCGUCGGCGCUGCUGCUGGUGCCGCAGCGCUCGGCGCUCUACGUGGGCGCGCGCGACGCCAUCCUCGCCCUGGACGCCCGCAACGUCUCCCGCGAGCUCCACCCCGCCCUCUCCUGGACGGCUGACAGCCAAAUGAAGACGUGUCAGUCGAAGAGGAACAGCCAGUGGGAGUGCUUCAACUUCGUGCGGGUGCUGCACCGACUCGACGGCACGCGGCUGUACGCGUGCGGCACCGGCGCCUUCCAGCCCAAGUGCGCCUACAUCAACGUGGCCGACUUCUCGUUUGUGAAAAAGCCUGGAGGGACCGUGAUGGAGGAGGACGGCAAGGGCAAGUGCCCCUUUGACCCCGAGCAGAGGCACACCUCGCUGAUGACCGGAGGAGAGCUCUACUCGGGCACGGGCAGCAACUACCUGGGCAGCGAGUCGGUGGUGCAGCGGAGCCCUAGCAGCAUGUCCAGCGAGCUGUCGAGCAGCUGGCUCUACAACCCGACGUUCGUGGCGUCGGAGUUUGUGAACGAGAGCGAGUCGCGGGAGCAGGACAACAAGGUCUACUUCUUCUUCUCGGAGACGGCCGUGGAGUUCGACUUCUACUCCAGGGUGGUGGUGCCGAGGGUCGCGCGCGUCUGCACGGGUGACACGGGCGGCCUGAAGAAGCUGGAGAAGAAGUGGACGACGUUCCUCAAGGCGCGGCUCGACUGCUCGCUGAGAGAGAUGGCGUUCACCGGACUCCGGCACGUCGUGUCGACCCGCGGCCUCCGUGGCCGGCCCGACACCGUGUUCUACGCCCUCUACACGGACCGCAGGGGCGGCGGCGCCGUCUCGGCCGUCUGCUCGUACCGCAUGGACGAGGUGCAGCGCGUCUUCUCCGGAAGCUUCAAGCACCAGGGAGGGGCCGACCAGCGGUGGGCCCCCUACGCGGGGGCCCUGCCCGCACAACGGCCCGGAGACUGCCCCCUGGGCUGGGACUCGCAGAUGCUGCCCUCCGAGACGCUCAACUUCGUCUCCGACCACCCCCUGAUGGAUGAGGCGGUGAAGGCCGAGGGGGGCCGGCCCUGGCUGCUGGUGCCGGGAGUGGCCUACAACCGGCUGCUGGUGGUCGACGUCGCGGCGCUGGACGGCAAGAGCUGGAGGACGCUGUUGCUGGGCACAGACGCGGGUGCGCUGCACCGCGCCGUGCUGCCGGAGUCGCGCGGAGAUCCUCACCUGGUGGAGGAGCUGCAGGCGCUGGGGCAGCAGGAGCCGGUGGUGUCCAUGGUGCUGACCCACGACCAGACCUCGGUGGUCGUGGCCGGCCCCGCGGGGGUGGUGCAGCUGUCCGUGUGUCGCUGUGGCCGCUACCGCGCCUGCUGGGACUGCGUACUGGCGCGGGAUCCCUGCUGCGCCUGGGACCCCCAGCAGAGGCUGUGCAGGCGUCACGGCGGGGGAGACCGGCACCGGGGGGGCGGGGAGCAGGGCACCCUGUCGUGGCUACAGGACGUGAGCGGUGGUGACGCGACGACGCUCUGCUCCGCUCACCCGCCAGACGUGGUGGCCGUCCGCGUGGCGCUGGCGCCGCUGCUGCUGCUGCCCUGCUCCCCCCCCUCCCGCCUGGCGCGCCUCUCCUGGGAGCGAGACUCCGGCCCGGCCCCGGGGCAGCCGCUGCCCGAGGCGGGCCUGCUGCUCCGCCAGGGCGCCCCCCCGGCCCCCCGGGAUCUCACGGGCACGUACCUGUGCUGGGCCGAGGAGGGCGGCCACUGGCGCCUCGUCGCCAGCUAUACCGUGCAGCUUCCGGGCUCUUCCUCCUCCUCCUCGUCGUCGACCACCACCACCUCCUCCUCCGUAACCAAGCGGAAGUCAAACAGGCAGCAGGCGAGGCCGGACCCAACGACGGGCACCGCGGCCACGUCAGAGUCGGCGCACGUCGUGCCCGGUAAAGACGCCUCCACGUCCGAUUCCCCGCCGGGGUUCGGCCCGGGGUUUUUGGUCGGGCUGCUGGUGACGGUGGUGCUGGUGGCGGCGGGGGUCGCCGUGAAGAGGCGCUUCUUCCCAAAAGCCGCCUUCCCGUGCUCGCCCAGCGCGGACGACGUCGCCGACGCGGCCGAGGCCGCGGCCGCGGCCUCGGCGUCGGCCGCGGCCGCGUCGUCCAACGGCAGGGCGACGACGGAGCCCGAGCGGGGCGGGCAAAACGGCGACGGCGGCGGCCCCGGCGACAACGCCAACGGCAACAACAACGUCGCGGCGGGGCGGGCGGACGGCGACGGCGCGGGCGACGCGCCCGGGGAGGAGGGCGACGAGGAGGAGACGCAGAAACCGCUGCUCGUGCGGCUCGAGUCACUGCAGCGCAGCUCCGAGGCGUGACGGCGGCACGGGGAGACGCCGAGGCCACGCGGGGCGGCGGCGGCGGCGGCGGCGGCGGCGGCGUGGGGACGCCCGCCGCGAUACCUUGAGGGCUCCCUCGUCACGAGGGGCGGUGGGGACCCUUCGGAGGUCUCCCGCAGAGGGGAGACGCGGACGUCGAAGCACAAGGAGGAGGCGGGGGGGGGCGGGACGGGAACAUUCCGGACGCCGUCGCGGUGCGCGCUCGUGCCCCCCGACCCGGAACCCCCCAAACGCCGCGAGGGGAUUGGGCCUCGGAGGUUGCCGAGGCGACGGCGGCGGCGUCGGGCCUGGUGGGCCUGGCGGGCCUGGCGGGCCUGGCGGGCCUGGCGGGCCUGGCGGGCCUGGCGGGCCUGGCGGGCCUGACGGGCAGCCAAAGGCCCCUUCACUCGCCGCGUUCGCCGGCGCCGACGGGUGGGAGGCCGAGGCCGGUCGGGUCGGUGGGGACCGGUGGCGAUCGGCGCUACGACGCACGCCGAGUGUGGGGGGGGCUGGGGGGGGGGGGGAGUGGUGGUGACUGCGAUGUGCUCGCGAGCCGGAGGAGUAGGAGCAGUAGAAAAUCCAUGGUGGUUUGAAGGGGGGGCAGGUUUGGGUUGAGAGGGGGGGGGGCGGCUGGUCUGAUCGACUCUCGGUCCCAGCCUCUCCUCCACGCGCUGGUAGAGCUGCAUGGACACGUAAGGUGCACGCCGUCACUUAUUAUUUUUAAAACUUAAAUGAAUUAUUUGUGUGUACAUAUAUAUA